AUGCGCGUGACGUUAUUCACAUGGCAUUGCGCGUGUGACAUCGUGCGCGUGGCAUUGCGCGCUUGUGCGCGCAACAUGAAGCGUGCAGUGUGGCUAGUGGAGGCAGAGGAACCGCCGUCCGACGCCCCUGAGAAGCAGCAGCUGGGUGCACGUGCACAACCGUGCGUCGCCCAUGCCCCCAUGGUACGACGAACCAUGACAAUGGACGAGGCAGUGCGCCUGGCAGAAGCAGAGGAGGCUGUCAUUCGCAAGAUGCUGCAGCCACUCAAGACCCUUGCACACAGCCGCCAGGUGCGAGCAGUGAUGCAUCUGGAGUGCAGCAGCGACCAUGAGAAGGCCCUGUGUGUGCGAGCAGUGAUGCAUCUGGAGCGCAGCAGCGACCAUGAGAAGGCCCUGUGUGACGCAGUCAAGCGGUUCUCCGCCUCCAGGGUCUACAUCGGGGUCAGAAAGAAGUUCCUGUGGUCGAACUCCCUCAGCAGCGCGCCGACAGCCUACUACGAGACGAAUCUCCCCGACGGCUGUGUGCUGGUGGUGGCGCAGGGGUCGCGGCGGGUGGCAGAGAUCCCCGUGCAUCCCAAAGGGCCCCUCCGCAGCCGCACCCUCAGCCGCUCCAAACGCUCCCAGGCUGGCUUUGAUCCGCCGCUCACGCCCACAGGCACUGCACCUGGUGCUGGUGCUGGUGCUGCUGCUGGUGGUGGUGUGGUAGGGGGGGGGGGGUUUCCUCGCUCGGCAUCGUCGAAUGCUGCUUUGGAGGCGGGAAGCAGGGGUGGAGAGCGGUGGUCUGAUGCUGGUAGCAGCGCUCGUGCUGGUGCUGGUGCUGGUGCUGGUGCUGGUGCUGGUGCUGGUGCUGGUACUGGCACUGUUGCUGGCGUGGGUGCUGUGAUUGGUGGUGGUGUUGGGAGCAGCAGUGGUGGGCGGGGCGGGGUUGGCAGCAGAGGAGAGGGAGAGAGGAGGCGGGGGGAGAGAGAGGAGGUCCAGGCAGGAGAGCGAGAAAGCAGACCCCUGGCGGGCAGACUCAGGGUGAUUGUGCCGUCUACUAGAGAGGUGGACGGAUGGGGGGUACAAAUUCAGGGAGAGCAGACUCAGGUGGAGCAGCGACAGGGGGAGCAGCGACAGGGGGGGCAGCGACAGGGGGAGGAGAGUCAGGGGGGACUAGGGCUGGAGGCUGGGUCGGGGGAUGAGGAUGAUGAUGCACUGGCAGAGCUAGGAGAAGAAUGGAUCAGAAGCAGGAGGAGAGAGGCGCCAACGUCAGGUAGAACGCCAGGUGCUGCAUCAGGUGCUGCAUCCGAUGCUGCAUCAGGUGCGGCAUCAGGAGCAGUGGAUUCAAAGCGAGCAGGGCGCCAUCAGCGGAGCCACUCCAUGCACCUGCUGUCACCGCACCCCACAGCUCUCUUCUCCCCCUCACUCCCUCCCUCUCACCCCCGCCGCCUGUCCAUAUCAGACGCCCUAGAAGCAGAGGGCAGUGUGGGCCAAAAACGGGGCCCGGGGCGAGAGAGGAAGGUUAAACUGGAGGUCGAGGAGGUGGAUGAGGAGGAGGAGGAGGAAGAGGAGGAGGAGGAGGAGGAGGAGGGAGUGAUGGGACCCCAUGGUGGUAGGAGGAACCUUCCCAGUGAAUACCAUGACCAUGCCAGCCAGUUCGGCCCGUUGAGUGUGCGCGGCAACCCCACCACCCCACGCCUCUUCUCCCCAGAUGACUGGACAUUCCCUCUAAAUGAUGAUGCUUCUGAUGCCUCUGGUGCUUCUGGUGCCUCUGGUGCUACUUGGCCGUCCAGUGCUGCUGGUGCAUCUGGUACAUCAGCCCCCACGACUCCCAAGGGAGCGAGCAGAAACCCCAAGGGCGAGGGCAUGGCAGGGAGAGGCACAGGGAGAGCCGUUGGGAUGGUAGAAUCUGGAGGGAUUGCGAGGCAUGAUAGUGGGAGUGGGCGUGGGCGUGGGAGUGGGAACCGGGAUGGGAGUGGGAAUGCUGGUGGGGAGAAGAAGGAGGAAAGGCCAGGAGUACGCAUAGGAGCAGGUGCAGGAGCAGGUGCAGGAGCAGGUGCAGGAGCAGGAGCAGGUGCAGGUGCAGGUGCAGGUGCAGGUGCAGCUGCAGGUGCAGGAGCAGCGACAGGCACCGGCACAGGAGCAGGGGGGAGCGGGCAGGAGGCCAGGCGGGGGGCUUGGCGCAGCCGGUUUCGCAGUGCGAGUGUGAGCGAGGUGCCUCUCUCGCCCUCCCAGCUGCUCUCCCCCUCUGGCCUGCUCUCCCCCGAGCGCCCCUUCUCUGCUAUCUCCGCCUGGGAUGCCCUUCCUGUGCGCAUCGGGGGCAGUGCUGUGGAGACAGGGGGGAGGGUGAUGGAGGGCGAGGUGCUAAAGUCGCCGCGCAUGGGGGGCAGUGCUGUGGAGACAGGGGGGAGGGUGAUGGUUGAGUCGAUGCACAAGUCGGCUCGUGUAGGGGGCAGUGGCGCUGGUGCUGGUGGUGAUGGUGCUGCUGGUGCUGGUACUGCUGGUGCUGGUGCUGCUGGUGCUGGUGCUGCUGCUGCUGCUGCUGCUGCUGCUGCUGCUGCUGCUGCUGGUACUCACGGGGAUGCUGACGAGGAUGAGGAUGAGGAUGACGUGUUUGAACAGCUGAUGCGGCGCCAGCUGGACACAGUGUGCAGCAAGAACGACACCAACACAGGAUGGCAGGUGCAGCUGCUGCACAAUCACAGUGGCAGUAUGCAUGGUGAUGGUGAUAAAAUCAACAGUGCUAUAAUAAACGGUCAUAAUGCUACCCCCGGCAGCAGCAGUGCUCACCUGUCUCACCAGAUCUUCAACACCACACCUGCAGCCUCGGCAGCCACAGCCUCGGUGGCAGCCACAGGGCUAGGGCUGGGCAGAGCAGCAGCUAGAAUGCUCUUUCCCAAGUCUUCCAGUGGCGGCAGCCGCACGGGGCAAGAGGACACCACUCCCCAAAGCCCCCUGGCGUCCCCUCCCCCGUCGGAUCCUGAGGUUCAGCAAUCUGUUUCAGAGAGGCCUAAAAAGUCGUCCCAUCAGCAGCCUCUGCUGCUGGAUGGAUCAGCGAAAGCGGCAGUCGCAAGCCAAUCUGCCAGGCACCCCGUCCCUCCUCGCUCUCCCUCUCGCCGCACCCCUCCUCCGCUCGUCCCCUCUACUGCUUCUGCUGCUGCUAACACGUCUCCACCCCGCUCUGCUCGAAGAAAUGCUGCUGUUCCCGCCUUCCCUCGAUCUGCUAGACAGGCGCCAGCAGGGAGAGGUUCGCUUGUCCGCAAAGCGGUGAAGGCAGCAGGAGCCGCAGGAGCAGCAAAAGCAAGAGACGCAGCGGGAGCAGCAAGAGCAACACGAGCAGCAGGAGCAGAGAAAGGCAGAGGUGGGGAGACGGAGCACACAGCAUGGGCAAACGGCGCAGCAGCAGAGGAGUUUGAUUUCGGUGUGCCAGCAGAGACGGCAGGUGAGGUUGAAAGGCGCGAGUCUGUGGACCUGGCUAUGGGUGGCAAGCCAAUGCCCAGGGGUGGUGGCAGUGGCGGUGAUAGCGGUGGUGGUGGUGGUGGUGGUGGUGGUGGUUCAAGGCUCAAUCAGGGCAGCAACAAUGGCACCAUGCUGAGCUCAGGUACAGAUGAUGCAGCACGGGCAGCAGCAGCAGCAGCAGCAGCAGCAGCAGCAGGAGCAGGAGAAGCAGGAGGAGAAGAAGCCCAAAGUCCCGAGGAUCUAUCAGCGUCCAGCAUCCCUCACCACCUAUCGUCUCUUGUUCCCUGUCGGGUGUUCACUCUGCAGCAGCUAGCAGCAGCAACUGACGGCUUCAAUCCCUCUCGCCUGCUGGGCCGCAGCAGUGGGGGCAGCGCAGGGGGAAGUGUGUACCGAGGGGAGCUGCUGGGGCGCCCUGUGGCGAUCAAGCGGCUGCAGGGCCCGGGAAUUAGCCACAGGAGUCCGGGACCCUACUCCACGUCAGCUGCCACGUCAGCUGCCUCGUCAGCGGCCACGUCAGCAGAGGCUGAGGCGUUUUGGAGGGAGGUGGGGGUGCUGGCGAGUGUGCGGCACGCGCACGUGGUGGGCAUGGUGGGGUGCUGCCCUGAGGACUUCUCCCUUGUGUAUGAACUCAUGGUGGGAGGGUCUCUCUGGGACCGCCUACACCCACAGCUGCAGCAGCAGCUGCAGCAGAAAAGGCAACAGAAACAGCAGCAGCAAGAGCAUGAACAAGGGGCAGCCACCACCCCGCCUCCCUCCCCUCUCCCCGCUCCCCUCCCAUGGCACCAUCGCCUGUGCAUCGCCUCUGAAAUCGCCUCUGCGCUCCUCUUCCUACACUGCCACAGCCCCCCUAUCCUCCACUCCGACCUCAAACCCCAAAACAUCCUUCUCGACAGCCAUGGCGCCAGCAAACUUGCUGAUACAGGCCUGGCGGGGCUCAGUUUCUUCGGCUUGCUUCCGCAGAAUCACCUCGAGGUCACGUUCAAGGUGCAGGGGACGUUUGGGUUUUUCGAUCCGGAUGUUGUGGUUACCACCGGGGAGGUUACGGCAGCGAGUGAUGUGUAUGCUCUGGGCGUGGUGCUGCUGCUGCUGCUCACCGGGAUCGAAGAUGUGAAAGAGCGCCUUGACAAGCGGGCGGGCAGCUGGCCGAGAGAUUUGGCUGCCCGGGCUCUGCGAGUGGCGCUGCAGUGUGUGGAACGGCGCGGCGUGGAUCGGCCAGACCUGCAGACAGUGGUGCACCCGACCCUGGCUGCCAUUGCUAAAGAGGUGCGGGAGGUGCAGGCGCGGGAGGUGCAGGCUCGGGAGGAGGUGAAAAAGGGGGAGGGACUGCGGGAUCAGGAAGAAGAGGUGAAGCAGAGGCGGGAGGUGCAGGCAGGGCAGGAGUUGCAGCUAGAGAGUCGCUUCAUCUGCCCUCUCUCCCAUCAACGGCUGCACGAUCCUGUGGUGGCAGCAGGCGGGGUGACGUAUGAGGCGGCAAGUGAUAGAGGCGUGCAACGGCUGCACGAUCCUGUGGUGGCAGCAGGCAGGGUGACGUAUGAGGUGGCAAGUGAUAGAGGCGUGCAACAGCAACGGCUGCACGAUCCUGUGGUGGCAGCAGGCGGGGUGACGUAUGAGGGCGGCAAGUGA